CUAACCGAGGCAGUGGAACUCAACGCUAAAGGAGGCAGAGAUGAUCGCAACUAUCUAUGGGUGUCGCUGAAAAUGCGGUCCGAAAACCCAUUUAUGUCCCUGGUCCUGCCCAGUAUACUGAUCAUUGUGGCAGAUGUGGUGAGCUUCGCCCUGCCGCUGGGAGGGGGCGAGCGUAUCUCCUUCAAGGUUACACUGGUUCUCAGCUUCAUCAUGUUCCUCAUCAUCCUCAACGACCUACUGCCUGGAGGAGGCCAGUGCAGCCCCAUCAUCCGAAAGCACUUCUGUUUCUGUUUGGUCAUCCUGGUGUUGAGCACGUUGCAGUCUAUGGUGCUCACACGUCUGGCUAAAUGUGGCACUCUCCGGCCCUGCAGCCUCUCCAAGUCCAAAGAUUCGCUGCUUAAAGACACAGAGGAAUCCAAGUCUGAUAUUAAAGCCUCAGAGGAAGAGAAUACAGCCCUCCAGAAGGUGGUGAAAUUUCUCAACAAAAUGGCUGCACAAGACCAGAAAAAAGCUAUACACCUUUGCUUUGCCAACAAAGUGGACUUGAUCUGUUUCUGUAUCUAUCUCACCGUCCUCAUUGUUUACGCAGUCGUCAUUUUAUAUUUCUCCUUUGGUUCUCAAUGUCAGAUCAACCAAUUAGAUUUCUGGUCAUAAAUUCUUUAUUCGCUUUUAACAACCAUAUUUCAAUAAAUAUUGGUGUAUUUGGGUCUUCAGAAAUUUUGCGAGCACUAACAAAAAGCUAGUUGUUUUGAGUUUCUGGGUAAAAUAAAUAGAUGUGUUUAUUCU